GCAGGCCUGCUUCUGAGGCAAGGUGAAUGUGUUAAGUAUUUUAUGAUUGGCUAAUCGGGUUGUUUCCCCAGGAACGGCUUGAACGUUGGCUCUAGACUAACAGCGAAGAUAUCUUUGGUAACAGCUGCAUAUUGAAGUCAAGGCGUGUCGAGAGAUAGAGGGGUAAGAGCAAAACGGGCAACAAAUGUCUCAGCCUAUUUGUUAUGCAUUUAUUUGCCUGUCCUUUUUCGAGGGAAGUGUGGGCGGAAGUGGACGGACGGAACACAAAAGCUAGGCUAAAAUAUGAAUUAAUUUAAUUAUAGAAACGGCUGUCGUCGCUCUGGAUUUUAUUCUUGUAUUUGAGUGUGUGAUUUGAUUAUGUCAAACAUCUCCGAGCUAGUAAAAAUAAUACUUUUCCAGUACAAAUAUUCUUCAAAGAUCGUAAUACAAUAAUAACAACAACAACAAUAACAAUAUAAAAAAAUCACCUGAUUGAAAUAUUUUAUGACGUAUACAUAUGUAUACAUAUUAAUAAUAAUGAUUGUAUUUUUUAUUUACCUCUGCUGCACAUACACACAGAUACUGUAAUUGAACAGUAUAAAAUAUACUAAAAAAAAAAAAACGACUCGAGUCCUUAGGUUUAUUUUAUAGAUCACAAUCACACAAGCAAGCUGAUGGUUUUAAACCUGAAUUAACUAAAUAAUCAUUAUUAAAAAGAAUUAACAACAUUUUAAAAAGAAAUGGCUGCCUUAAGUGCAAGAGGUUUUAUGAUCAACAUUAGACUUUUUGUCACACGGACCAACAUCAAUCCAUAUACAAAGUUACACUCAAUGAAAAUAUUCCUUGGUAAAACUAAGGGCCUGACCUUAAGUAGUGUUCCCAAGCUCACUUUAGCAUGCUGGGGUGUGGAUAAGGCAGUGCUUUCAGUGGCCAAUUGCCAAGAGGUGGCUCUGAAGGAAGCUGAGCUAAAACUGAUUACAAGGUCCCAGCCAGAGAGUUCUCUGUUGAGUCUUCAGCUGCACAGACUGCGAUUCGCUCUUCAAUUGGGGCUGAGGUCCUUUGUCCUAUUCCUGAAGUUCAGUCCCUUGCUCCUGCUGUACCCUCUCAGCCUGGUCUCCCACAGGCUAGCCUCACUGUGGCUGGACCUCCUCCUGUGGGCUGUUGAGUCAUCUGGACCCACGUUCAUCAAGUUGGGCCAGUGGGCUAGCACUCGCCGGGACCUGUUCUCGGAGGAGUUCUGUGACAGGUUCUCCCGGCUUCACGUCGGAGUGCAGCCACACUCCUGGGCCCACACCAAGCGCUGCCUGAGGAAGGCCUUUGGGGAGGAUUGGAGGAGGCUGUUCCAGUUCGAGAGCAAGGAGCCUGUGGGUUCGGGAUGCGUGGCGCAGGUCUACAGGGCCCUUGCUCAUGUGGACAGAGUGAAAGACCCUGAGUUUCAUCAGCUGGUGGAUUCCAUGGAGAAGGAUGACCUAUAUGAAGCCUGGGAGAUCCCUGGGUUGAGGGGGGUGUUCAGGGCCAUGGUAGGGAGGCAGGCUGAAGAUGACAGUGAGGAUACAGCAGAAGGAAGUCUGGAGAGGACCAGAAAGGAUGGCCAAGACGGGGAGCACCUCAUGCCAGUAGCUAUUAAGGUCCUUCACCCCGGGAUCUCCCAGCAGGUCCGAACAGACCUCCUGCUUAUGAAGACUGGCAGCUGGCUGAUGGGGUGUCUCCCGGGGCUCAAGUGGCUCAGCCUGUAUGAGGUUGUGGAGGAGUUUGAGAAGCUCAUGAUCCGACAGAUUGACCUGAGAUACGAGGCUAGAAAUAUGGAAAAAUUCCAGGAGAAUUUUCAAGAUGUGGACUUUGUAAAGUUUCCCACUCCCCUUCGUCCUUUCAUCACAAGAAACAUUCUGGUGGAAACUUUCGAGGAGAGUGAUCCCAUUUCUAAAUACCUAGCUCAGGAUAUCCCAGCAGAAAUGAAGCAAAAAAUUGCCAGGAUGGGAGUGGACACACUCCUUAAGAUGGUGUUUGUAGAUAAUUUUGUGCACGGGGACCUGCACCCCGGUAAUAUCCUGGUGCAGUGUGAGAACCAAAGCGACCUCCUGGGCACAGCUACCCUGCUGGACUUGUGUGACACACUGAUUGUGAGCGUGAGGCCUCCGACAACUGCACUGCACCUCGUGCUAUUGGACACCGGGAUUGUGGCGGAGCUCCAAGAGAGAGACCGCCAGAAUUUCCGCGCUGUUUUCACUGCUGUGGUGCUCGGACAGGGCGAAAAGGUGGCUGAGCUGAUACUGCAUCAUGCCCGAGCCAGUGAGUGCCGUGACGUGGAGAGGUUCAAAUGUGAGAUGGCUGAGCUGGUGAAUGAGGCCAAGAGAAAUACUGUCUCCCUAGGAAAGCUCCAGGUUGGUGACUUACUGUCUCGGGUCUUCAAGCUGCUGAUCACACACAAGGUGAAGCUGGAGAGUAACUUCGCCUCAAUUGUUUUUGCCAUCGUGGUCCUUGAAGGACUUGGAAGGUCUCUGGACCCACACCUGGAUAUUCUGGAGAUUGCUAAACCCCUCCUGCUGAAGACCUGUGCAUCGCUCAUCUGACACAAGCUGUACCAACACACUGAAAUCCAGUGGAUUCACACCUCCAGAAAACCAGAUAUUCAUCUAGAACUUCAAACCACUCAGAGGCAUUUAACAGUGCUGUAAAUGCUUUGAAAGAAAACAAACUGUGACUUAUCCUGGUAGUAUAUGGGUUGAUCAAAUCAGCCCCUAAGUCCAGUGGACAUACAUUGCAGCUCGGGUGUUCAUCUGUCACUCGGUAGAAGUGAUUGAUUUUAGUUCUCAGUCAGUCAAAAAGUCCUCAAUAAUGCUAUAUAAAUCAUUAUUUUAUUACUAUAACAUCUCAAAAAGCUUGGAAAAUGUCUGUGUUAUU